AUGGCUCCCUCAACACAGCCCAGCAAGGAUGAUCGCGUCGUUGUCGUGGGCGCGGGAGUCUUUGGCCUUUCAACUGCUCUGGAACUAUCCAAGCGUGGAUAUCGCAACAUCACUGUACUCGAUCGUUACCCACCUCCAGCCAUCGACGGAUCCAGCGUAGACAUUUCUCGAAUCGUCCGGAACGACUACGCUGAUCCCAUCUACGCUCGUAUGGCCAAAGAAGCAAUGUCCUUGUGGGAAUCCGACUAUCCGGAAUGGUUCCAUCGCUGCGGAUCCAUCCUUCUGUCUUCAAAGGACAGCAAGUAUGUCUCCAAAUCCCUGGAGAAUCUCAAACAGACAUCCCAGACCUACCAGGAGUUCAACGGCACACACGAGCUGAGGAAACUGUUCCGUGGCUUUCAAGGCGACAUCCCAGGCAUCUCUGGAUAUGCUAAUCCCGUCGGGAGUUGGGUUGAUGCUGCAGGAUCCAUAGGCGCAAUGGCCAAAGAGUGUGCCCUCCGCGGAGUGAGCUUUGUGACCGGACCUAAAGGCACUGUGCUCUCGCUGGAUACUUCUUCUGAUGGGCAGAUCCGGGGAGUUGUUACAGCAGAUGGACUUGCCAUUCCCACCGAUCGCCUCGUCGUUGCGACGGGUGCUUGGACAAACCAGCUGGUGGAUAUGAAGAAAUCCGUUGUUGCGGCCGGUCAGCCCGUCGGCUUCAUUCAGCUUACUGCGGAUGAGGCUCGCCAACUCUACAAUGCUCCGGUAAUGAUCGACUUUGACAACGGAUGUUUCACCUUCCCCCCGACGCCAGACACGCAUGUGCUCAAGAUUGCUCGGCACGGAUGGGGUUAUGGGAGACCGGUUGAAGUGAGCCUCGGCGGGCGCGACAAGGAGAUCGUCUCCUCUCCGGUGCUGGAGCGACGCGGGCGGACGACCUCAUUUCUGCCAGCAGAUGCGGAUGAGGGGUUACGCGACGGACUCAAGAAGUUGUGGCCGAAGUUUGCUGAUCGUGCGUGGAUCAACACCAGACUCUGCUGGUAUUGUGACACGGCCAAUGGCGAUUUCAUCUUCGACAACCAUCCGGACUUCCAAGGUGUCUUUGUCGCCACUGGCGGGAGCGGACAGUAA